AUGGGUAAAUACAAUCUUACGGCUCUGCGCGUGCGCCAGACCGCCAUCCAGCAGAAGGCCGCCGGCAAGAUCUCAAGAACGCCUCCCUGGGUGGCCGCCGUCGCCGAUAUCCCUCCGACCCAGGUUCUCGUGCGAACCCAACCCCCACAGCAUCAAUUGGUCCAGCAACGAGUGAGGACGCUACCCGGGACCAAGAAGCCGCAGGUCGUCUUCGAAACGCAGGAAAAGCUCAAGAAACCCAAGAAGGCGAGCCGCAUGUUCCAGCCCGUCGAGAUCAAAUACGAGGAAGAUCAGCUGCGACAAGAGUUCUUCCGCGACCAUCCCUGGGAACUUGCCCGACCGCGUGUGCUGGUCGAGACCUCCGGCAACGACCAUGCUCGACACAACUGGCGCCGGCUUCAGCAGGCCGGCAGAAAACUAGACGGAGAGAGUGUGGUUCAACGACAGCUCUGGCUCCUCAAUAAUGUUCCUAACAUGACCAAGAGUGAGUCCUACGAUAUCGCUCGCCGCGAAUUCUACCGUCUUCGACUCCAGGAGGACAUUGAACGCCGAGUUGCGGCCGAAGAAGCCGAAGCCACCGGAGCCGUCUUUGGACCGACCCGCCUGCAAGUCGGUAUGGAACUUGAGAACCGAGAGUAUGAGCGCUGGAAGGAAUGGGCCAAGCUGGAAGCCCAGGUUCUCCUCCAGAAGCAGGCGGCCUUCGUUGGUGCUCCCGAAAGCGCGGGACCGGAGGAAUCGCUGGAAGCAGAGGCCGGCGAAGAGACGACCGCAGCGGCAUGA